GAAUAGGGUCCCACUCUUUAUAUAUUUAUGCUACAAUGCUACAACAAGGUGACGAAAGAGUCAUGGUAGUUCAAACCUGCACCUAAGCCACUCACAUCUGCUCAAGGCAGCCUUGCACUCCCUCCCAAACUGGGAACGUAACGACCACGAGGUGACUUUCUCGUAGUCUGGGCCGAAGGAAACUGAAAACAACAUGGCCAGCAAGCCCAACCCAGUGAAGGACAUGAACAUCGGUUAGCCUCCAAAGCUCCAGAAAUCUUCGAGGACUCGAGGACAUGUUCAUGUCACGAAAGGUGGCCUCAGGCAACCUCUGGAUCCCCUUACGUGACCUGAUUUCCGGGUCACGAAAGGCGUUUCAGUUAGGAGGGGUGGCCAUGCCGUUUGCCUUUUUGACAUUUUUUGACCACAUGGAGCUAAAGGCUAAAGGGAAGAGAUCAGUUUGAGAGAGACGAACGAGAGAGAGAGAGAGAGAGCGAGCUCGACCAAUGCUUGACAAGCAAGCCGCUGUUUGCAAUACCUAGAAGAUCCUUGUGCCAAAGAUUAAUCCCUCUUCUCGGGAAGAGCGGCUCUUCCCGCCCUGAGGCAGAAAGAACUUUUUUUUGCUGUGAAACAACUUUUGUUGCUGCAAAUUUUCUCUUUCAGGAAUGUGACACAACAACUAUAUGUUCUAGGGGCAUCUACAGGUGUUUUAAAUAAGUUCUUAGGUGUUUGCAUCAAUAAUUCUUAAUUAGAACGGUCACCCAUGAGAAACAAAAGGAAUGGCGACUUAAUUAAGCUUCCGCCUCCAUAUGCAAAUCAGGCUACCGUUCUAUGUGUUUCUUGGCUUUGAAGGUUUUGUGUGCAGACGGUCGGGAAAACCUGGCGCGAAAAUACCCUGGAAAAAGGCGGACAUGCCCGGGCCUUACUUGCAACUGCCGACUGGGUUGGGGCUCCGCUCUGGGGUCUAUCAAUCCGAUUGCACGGCUGUAAGAUCCCUUGAAAAGGAUGUGGAAGAAGUUGCUGAUGAUAUAGAGGCUAGGCCCUGGCAGUGCCACAGCCUUAAAGCAACAGCUGCAAAAGCAGUAGUUAACCUAACAGUUGACUAGGGCCCUGUGCAUUCCACGUGCAUUCCCGGCAGCCUUUGGACGGGAUUUCCCUUGCUGGUUGGACAUGAAGCUCGGUAUCCCGCUGCGGAUUUGCUAGCAACACAGACUAGACAUGAAGACGCAACGAAAUAACACGACAAUUCAAUGACAAGCGCACUGAUCAGACAACGAACAAACGAUCCAACAUUUAAAUUUGUGUCCAGCAUAGUGUAGCAAAACUCGUUGGUAAAGCAGAGGGGUAUGAGACAUUUGACCCCCUUGUUUUGCACGGCUUCCAUGUGACUUUGGCUACUCUCUUUUCGCACUGGUGAGCACACGGUGUUUGCCAUCCGCCGUUCUUGAGGACCAGGUGACCAACAACAUCAAUGCUAUCCAGCUGCGCGGAGAAAGCUUGGAUUCGCUCAUGCAGAAGUCGCACGACUUAUCCAGCACAUCAAAGCACUUUUACAAGGCCGCCACGGCCUGCUCCACCCGGGGCAUGCGUGGCAGCCGCAGAGCCUUGGGAGGGGGGGGAAUGAGUGGAGGAGCUCCGCGUUCCUUCCGACCCUCCGUCAAGACUGGGUUGGCGCCCGCCGACGCGAGCGCGCGGUUUCUCGGUGGUGCUGACGAUCGACUUGGUCACGGCUCAUUCGAACCUUCCGUCGCGACGAACAUCGCUGGGGCGGCCGAGCGCUUUCGCACGAUGUCCUCGUGUGUGUCGGGUGAGGAGAUGAUCACACGAAUUGAGGAUGGUUCGCAAGUGGAAGCGCCGGUCGAGACCGGCCAACCGGUGCCAGUUGGGCCCGUCGGGGAGUCUGAGAUGGUGUCCAAGAGCUCGCAGCGGGAUUACAGUGGAGUGCCCAAAGAACUGGAUGCCCAGUUCGAGCGCUUCGGCAGCUCCUUGCGACCCACCAUCAUCACGCCCGGCAGCAGCUGGAGCAAACGCUCGCAGCCAGGGGUCCUGGGCGCGCGGAAGGCGGAGACCCUGAAGGCCGAGGAGCAAAAACGCGAGAAGGACAGUGCCUUUGACCUCCUUGAUGCCUUGACACGCUCGGGCGCGCUGCCUCUGAGCCAUGCAGAGAUGCACAUUGUGGUGGCCGCCACACAGAUCUUCGAGAAGACCGUCAUGGAAACUGUGAUUCAGGAGAACACAAACCCCAUCGCUGAAGUGGAACGCUCCAGUCUGGUGAUUGUGUCCACCAUCCAUGAGAGGCCGGCCAGAGCAUUAAUUCAAGACGCCUGUCGCAUGCGGGUAGCUGCUGGCUGCUCGGAGCUCAUGGACGGGUGAUGUGAGGCGUACACGCCUUCCAGGUGGAUUAGUAAUCCCUCGAACCCCCAGAAACAUCCGCGUCUCGAAACGCCUGACUUGAGCCUCAACUACGGUUUUGCCAUGUUUUGAAAUGGGAUGCAACAGGACCUGCGUCCAAGACGCUAUCGCGGGGUGUGCAAGAGCCGAACACCGACAGUUGUACAGUGAUAGGUGUGCAAGGCCGCCAGUGAGGGAAA